CUUUGGUCAACCCCAACCCAAGCAGAGCAGCAGCCGCAACACAAAAUCAAAAUCACAAAAAGGAGAAGAAAAGUUUCGUUUUUUAGAUCAGCCAAGAACCGAACAAAUCCUGGUCAAACAGUAUUCGCUCGAUUAUUUAUCAGGAGGGGGAGGUGGAUGAAUGAACCACCAUGACGAGGAGCAUGAUGAGGCGCUUCUCCUCCACCACCUCCACUAUUUAUACCACCCUCUCCUCCCGUCUCGGACGAAUCAACGCCACUCGCCGCCACCACCACCACCAUCUCCCAGCUGCCGCCGCCUCCAGGAGGACACCCUGUACUGCUGCUACUGCCUCUCGCCCCAAAUCCAAGGCCAGGCGGCUGCUGCUGCUUCUCCUGAUUGUUCCGCUCGUCUUGCUUCUUGCAGCCUCGUUGCUGUUUCGAGCGGCCAUGUCGUCGUCGUCGUCUUCGUCGCCGUCGGAUGCCGCCGCCGCGGUGGCUUUUGAGAAGCCGAGGACGGUGGUCAAGAAGCUCAUGGCGGAGUCCCAGCCCGAGGGCGACGGCGCCACCGUCCGGAGGAGCAUCGGGAGGCACGAGCUCAGGAACCUGGAUCCGUUCCUCAUGCUCGACGAAUUCUCCGUUUCCAAGCCCGCUGGCUUUCCCGACCAUCCCCACAGAGGAUUCGAGACCGUCACAUACAUGCUCGACGGGGCGUUCACCCACCAAGACUUCGCAGGCCACAAGGGCACCAUCAGGACAGGGGAUGUCCAGUGGAUGACGGCGGGCCGCGGCAUCGUGCACUCGGAGAUGCCGGCAGCCGACGGCGUGCAGAAGGGCCUCCAGCUAUGGAUCAACCUCUCCUCCAAGGACAAGAUGAUCGAGCCGCGGUACCAGGAGCUUCAGAGCAAGGACAUCAGCUGCGCCGAGAAGGACGGCGUGGAGGUGAGGAUCAUCGCCGGCGAGGCGUUCGGGGUGCGGUCGCCGGUGUACACGCGGACGCCGACGAUGUACAUGGACUUCACGAUGCAGCCCGGGUCGCAGCUGCACCAGCCCAUCCCGGAGGGCUGGAACGCCUUCGUGUACAUCAUCGACGGCGAGGGCGUGUUCGGGCGGGAGAAAGCGCCGCCGGCCACCGCCCACCACUGCCUCGUCCUCGGCCCCGGCGACGGGCUGAGCGUGUGGAACAAGUCCGGCAAGCCGCUCCGGUUCGCGCUCGUCGGCGGGCAGCCGCUCAACGAGCCCGUGGUGCAGCAUGGCCCCUUCGUGAUGAACACCCGUGCCGAGAUCCAGCAAGCCAUGGAGGACUACUACUAUGGGCGGAACGGCUUCGAGAAGGCUCGCCAUUGGAGCUCCGCCGCAUGAUCACCGUCGUCAUCAUCUCACCAUGACACAUUGACACACCUUCACCAUAUACACACAAUAUUGCCAUGCUGAACAUGAUGCUGUUUUUAGACAGAUUAGUAUAUCAUUUGAUACAGUAAUAAACAUGUUUAUUGCCAUUGUCUUUUUUUCUUUGGUUGGUUAUGUAAUAAAACUUUAUGGUGUAAUAAAAAUGAGAUAUGAUUGGAUUUGAA